UACUCUGUGUUUGGAUCGUUGGGCCGAUUUGGAUUGGAUCUAUCAAAAAAUUAAUACCUAUUAGUGUCGAGUUUCGGGCUUUCGGCUCUAGUAUUAUGUGAAUUGUGAACAAUUUCACAAAACAUGCUAUUUUCGUGGUUAAGACAUUACGCGUUAUCAAGAAGUUAUGCACAAACUUGUCGUCUUCUCAAUUCUUAUCAGCAAACCUCUAAAAAUUACGCUAACAUUCUUGGAAUAGAAACAUCCUGCGACGAUACGGGAUGUGCCAUUAUCAAUGAAAAUGGUGAAGUAUUAGCAGAAACUUUGCAUUCGCAGAAUUUGAUACAUUUGCGUAAUGGAGGCAUUAUUCCAGACGUUGCUCAAGACUUGCAUAGAAAGUAUAUCGAACCUACUGUACAUGAAACACUAGAGGCGGCUCAAUUACACUGGUUAGAUAUUUCAGCUAUAGCAGUUACGUUAGAACCAGGUCUUCCCCUGAGUCUUGCCAUAGGGAUGAAGUAUGCAAAGCACUUGUCAAGGCAAUAUAAAAAACCUCUUAUACCCAUUCACCACAUGGAAGCACACGCUUUAGUUGCCAGAAUGCAAAAUGAAAUAUCCUUCCCAUUUCUAACCCUUCUCAUAUCAGGAGGACAUUGUUUACUAGCUGUAGUGCAAGAUGUUAAUAAAUUUCAACUUCUCGGUGAAAGCAUUGAUUGUGCACCAGGAGAAGUAUUUGACAAAGUAGCAAGAAGAAUGAAGUUGCGCAAUAUACCAGAGUAUUCACAACUCUGUGGAGGAAGAGCUGUGGAACUGGCUGCUUCAAAAGCAACUAAUCCUCACUUAUUUCAAUUGCCACUCCCUUUAGGUGAUUACAAAGAUUGUAAUUUUAGUUUUAAUGGCCUGAAAACAUCUGUGAUGUAUCAACUUUAUAGAAAGGAAAAGGAACACUCAAUCGAAGCUGACAAGUUAAUACCAGAAGCUAAUGACUUAUGUGCUGCAUUAUUGAUGACUACAUCUAGGCACUUAGUGCAUCGGACGCAAAGGGCUAUGGAGUUUUGCCAUAGAAACAAAUUAAUACCUGGUGAUAAAAAACAACUAGUUGUCUCCGGUGGUGUGGCAUGCAACAACUACAUUUAUAAUACAUUAACAGAGCUAUGUUAUGAGUUUGAAUAUCAAAUUUAUAGACCUCAACCAAAAUUAUGUACAGACAAUGGUAUCAUGAUAGCAUGGAAUGGUUUAGAGAAAUGGCAAAGAAACAUAGAUAUUGUUACAAAUGUGAAUAGCUUAGAUAUAAAAUCUGUUAGCCCUUUAGGUGAAAGUCUAAUAUCUAGAGUUAAAGAAGCUAGAUUACCAACAAAAUUACUAAAAAUAAAAGUUAAAUUAUGAUAA